AUGGCUGCAUCUAAAAAGUCUUUCCUGAACGAAAUUGGUGAGGAUUUCCUCAGCUGUUCCAUCUGUUUGGAGUUCUUCAAGAAUCCUAAAGUCCUACCAUGUCUUCAUACAUUCUGUGAGCAAUGCCUGGUGACUUUUAAAGCCAAAUCUGAAGGUGUUUUGAAGUGUGCAACAUGCAGAAUUCAGUGUGACACACCUAUUCAGGAACUAAAAUCCAACUUCUUUUUAACAAGCCUACUUGACACGUUCCAGAGACGGAGGCAGCUGAGUACUGACCAUCCACCAAUGUGUGAGAUAUGCAAGGAGAAGACAGCAACUCACAGGUGUGUAGACUGCCCCCAGUUUAGCUGUGAUGUCUGUGUUAAAAUGCAUGAACACAUUCCACCUCUCCAAGGUCACCAAGUACUAAAUAUUGACAAGUACAGAAGGAUAGAAUCUAAGGGUCAUCUCACAUUGCAGUCAAAAGUAUUCUGCAGUGAUCAUGAAGACAGCCACUUAGAAUUCUAUUGUGACACAUGUCAGGUGCCUGUAUGCUUGAAAUGCACCAUAGUUAACCAUAGAGGACCUGACCAUGUCCAUAGAGAUUUGCAGGGGGUGGCAGAAGAAUAUAAAACACAAGUGAGGGAAAUGUUAGAAAAGUUAAAAGUGAAAGAGAAGCAAGUGGAUGAAGGAAAAGCUGCUGCUGAAUCUGCAAGAGAAGAAAUCAGAAACCAGUGUGAAGCAGAGAAAAAGAAAGUUAGAAGAAGAGCAAAUGAAUUGAUAGAGAGAGUAAAGAGAGAAGAGAAGAUGCUGAUAGAUGCCUUGGAUGAACGUGCCAAGAGUGGAUUAAAAGAAGCAGCAAUAAACAUCGAUGAAAUGGAGUUUCACCAUGGCAACAUAGUCAGUACACAUCAUUACCUACAAACACUGGUGCAUCAUGGGAACGCUGUUCAUCUGCUGUCUACCAGAACUGAAACUAAUAAGCAAAUUAUGCAAAUUGUUGCCAUGGAAACAAAACCACCAAUCAGUCAUGAUAUGAAUGAGUUCCAGCCCAGGAAUGACCUUGGUGCAGAAUCAUUACUAGGAGUGGUCAAAUCCGAUGCCUGUCCAUUCAAAUGUACAGUUGAAAACAUCCCAAAACAACUCCAGAAAGGUGAAUCUGUCAACUUGAUCAUCACAACCAGAGACUCCAGAGGAAAACAGACCAUUCCCUGUCAAGAUGUCCAGGUGAAGAUAAGGAGACCUGAUGCAUCAUGGGAAAAUAUUGAUGUUAAAGAAGAUAGCAAUGGGACACAUCAUGUGAUGAUAACAGGAAAUAUGGAAGGAAAACAGCAAGUUGCCAUGACGAUUGGUAACCAACAAAUACCAGGAUCACCAUACCAUAUUCCUGUUAUAAAAGGAUUGGUACAGACAGUGGGAAAAGGACAGCUCAAGGGUCCACAUGGACUCGCAAUAAAUAAACAUGGUGACUUUGUAACAGCUGAUAGGAGUAACCGAAGAGUUGUCAUACAUGACAGAGACGGAAAUUUCAAACAAUCAUUUGAAUUUACUGAUCAGUUUGCAAAGCCAUUCACACCAUGUGAUGUAGCAAUAUCAGAUGAUAAUGAAUACUUUAUAACAGAUGACAAUAAAAAACAAAUAGUUGUCAGUGAUGAAAAUGGAAGGAUAAUUACAAAGUUUGGAAGCUCUGAAAUUGAUGAUCCACUUGGAAUUGCAAUAAAUCCUAUUACUAACAAUGUGUAUGUGAGUGAGUAUAGUGAAGGGUACAUUAGGAAAUAUACACAGGGUGGGAGAUACAUCAACUCACUUGGAAUACAGGGGAAUAAACAGGGAGAGUUGAAUAGACCUUGUAUAUUAGCUAUUAACAGUAAAGGGAUGGUGUAUGUCGCUGAUCGUAACAAUCAACGUAUUCAGGUAUUUAAUUCUGACGACCAGUUUAUGUUUGAAUUCUCUACCACUGGUGACAACGAUACAAUGGAGUAUCCUGUGGGAGUAGCUAUAGAUAAGAAUAAUUAUGUAUAUGUGAGUAGUCGGCAUAAAGUCACUAAGUAUGACAGCUAUGGUCAGUUUAUUUGUAGGAUUGAUUGUGAUAACGAUGGACUGAGUCGUCCACAGGGUGUAGCAGUGUGUAAUGAUGGUAAAAUAGCUGUAGUGGAUUUUGACAAUAAGUGCAUCAAAGUCUUUGUAGAGUAA